AUGUUGGCUUCUCGCUCUAUUCACAAUUCUUUAACCUCCUUGGGAGGAAACGUUGGAGGGGGGCCAUAUCCUACGGCUCCAGUUGGUCCUCUCCAAAUACCUCAGCUGCAUGAUAUAAUGCCUCGUAAGAGAUCUCCAUCGCUCUCGCCGAAGCCUCGUUCCCCACGCUAUUCCGCUCAGGGACAGCCUAGAUCGAGACGUGCUUCUCCUCCAUCGCAUCCUCCACCUCCUCAGCACCAGCAGCAGAGACGGCCAUCGCCUCCUUCGCAUAAUAAUUCAUAUGGUCCGGGUCCGGGUCCAGGCCCAGGCCCAGGAUCUGCCCCGAUAUCACCCCGCCCAGUUCCUAAUCCAUCCACCGGAUUCCCAUCUUUUACCGCUGGUAGAAAUUUCCAAUCAGAAUUGCAGCUACAGAAUAUCAUCAAUUGGCAAACUGUCAUUUCGAGAAAUCUAUUUGACGACCCGCCUACUUAUCAAUCUGUUCUAAUAUUCCUUCUACCAUCUGUCCCAUCACCAUCCGUCAAUAAUUUUGUCCGACAAAUCCUCAAUACGCCAGAUCACAUUGCACACUUAAAUAAAUGUUGGGAUAUCCUAAAAAGGAACGACCGAGAAGAGUUGAUUUCCUUCGGGGUACCAGAGCAGGUCGGUGAAAUUAGAUUCGAGAUCUACAGAAUGUGGCUCUUGGUCCGCCUUGCUUGGAGGAUCGUGCAGGCGCUUAAGAAUGCCAAAGGCGGGAGCAGAAUAGCAGAGUGUGGAGAAUUCGUUAUGCAUGUUAUCGAAACAAAUAAGGCUGUAUCACCCGAGAAGUUUGAUCCAAUUCCACUGCAGACAUUGGCCUGCGCUCUAACAUACCCUCAUCCAUCAUUGACCCUCCAAUCAAAGAUUAAGGACAGUGUUACACCGCUUCAGAGAAAUGACCGAGAUAUGCUGGCAAUAGAAUACUUUGAAAUGGGCUUCCCGCAGAAUGAUGCGUCCGCUCUAUACCUACCUUCGAGUAUUUAUGCUAGAGCACACCAAGCUCGGCUGUAUCGUCGGUUAGAGUUGAUCCCUGAAGCUGAGGAGGUCGAACAAAGUGUACGCACAUGGUGGGGUAAGACUGGCCGGACUAUGAUGCCGAAAGCCAGAUUUACCGACUUGGUCUUGUCCGAAGGCGAGGCGCCUUAUGAUAACAUAAUCCUAAAGAACAUUGAGGGGUUCUUUGAGAAAAGAAGUGAGAAUGGAAGUAGCAAUGGCGCAGAAGAGGGUGACUCGAACUCUGGUCGCGACAGUGGUGUAGACGUAGGCCCCGUCCCUGAAGAAAAUGUUGAACGGAAACCGGGUCCACCUCCACCAAACUCACAGCGUCCACCGGUACGACCAAUGCAACAGCCGUCUCAGAAGCCUUUGCCAGCUGUAGGGGACCAACCGGCCCCGAGGCUACAACAGAAACGCUCCACUGGUGCCCUGCCGGCCCUUAGGCCAUACAACCCACAACUGCCAAGUGCAUCGACACCAGCCACUGAGCUUCCUCUUCCUCCACCCAAAUCCAUGCGUACCCAGGCACCUUCGCCGCGUAUGCAACAGCCCCCACAACAGCCCCCACAACAGCAGCACCAACCAUAUCCAUCACGUCCUCAAUACCAAAAUGGAUCAGCACCAUCGCUCCCAGCAUCGAAGUCAUAUGCCGGGGCACACCCCUACGAUGAAUAUACCGGAUCUUCUGACAGCCUGAAUAGCGAUAAGAGCGCCGGCAAGUCCAAGGUCCGAGCCAGCAUCGGUGCAAAGCUCGGCUUCCGUCGAAAGAGUUGA